GUGAUUGUAUAUUGUUUAUUUUUUGUGAUACCUUUUCAUAUAACUAUGAUUAUUUGUUUGCGCACCGUUUGUUAAAAAUAUGAGCUCAAAGAAACGUAAAAGAGCUUGCUGGAGUUAUUUUUACUAGCAUAAUACCAUGUUGUAUUUGGGUAUCUUGCUACAAUAUUAAUAUAAAGAAAUGUUCAGGUGAAUGACAACUAUAGUACAGAUGUUAACUUAAUGAUACUAUUUAAGAUGGAGGAACUUGAAUUCGAUGAGAAGCUUGUCGAGGAAAUCGAUGAGCUUGAUGAGUUUGGAGAUGAUCUGUUCUUCGACUUGGAUCUGUACGAUGUGGACGAAAUGGACUGGGAACCGUCUUUCAAGAGGCCGAGAGGCCGUGGCAGGGGCUGGAGCAGGGGAAGAGGGCGCGGCCGAGGCAGAGGCCGUGCGAAAAUGGGAGGUCGAGGCGAGAUGCAGUCAACAUCAUUUGGCGACGAAAUUGAUUAUUGGGACUUGGAUGACGACAUAGAUCCGGAGGGUCAGCGGAGCCAUGGCUACUGGAGGGAAGACAAGAUGUUCCGAGGACGUGGGAGAAGGCAACUUCCAGACAAACACGGGGGUCGGGAAAGUGACUCUCGCUGGAUUAGGGAUCGGGAGGGUCGUAAGUACGAGGACGGUUCGGGAAGUGAAGAGAGAGUGGUGUAUUCAACAUCGAAGAGAGACCAGAGACCUACAGAGGAAGAGCUUAAGGUUCAUUUCAGUCAAAGAAGUGAGCCAAGACAGAAUCAUCUCGAGUCCAAAGAACAGAAACAUAAAGAAGAAAAAGACUCUGAAGGUUCUGGGGGGAUCUCAAAGCGGGAUGGUAAACUUUUAACUACAGAGGCAGCAGAAUUGUCUAAAAGUCGAGAAGGCCUUAAGAAAGAACCUAAUUUGUUAUCUUCCCUGUCUGAAGCAAUUAAGAAAGUAAACAUUAGAAUUGCUAAUACACAAGCCAAACUUAAGGAGAAAGUACAGGAAAUUGAUGCUGGGCCAAAGCCAUUGGAUCUAGAUCUGGAAGUAGAAAAUAAAACUACCAUUCAAAAAGGUACUAAAGGUAUAAGUGGUAAACCACAGACUUCUCCCAAACAUGAUAAAGAUGAGACUUGGCAGAAUAAAGGACAAAGUGGUAGCUUUGACAGUGAACGCAGCCCUACCAGGAAAGUCUUCUACGAUUCAGAGUCGAGGAGAAGAAUCUCUCCACCACCACUUGAGGGGCGUGAACAUAGGAGGAGCCCCCAUAGGUGGCAUUACAACAGGUCCCCGCACAGCCACGAGCGAUCUCGCAGCCACGAGCGAUCUCGCAGCCGAGAGCGAUCUCGCAGCAGAGAGCGAUCUCACAGCAGGGAGAGGUCCCGCAGCCGAGACAGAUCCCGCAGUCAGGAGCAGGCUCGACGCGGCAGCUACUCUCCUCGCCGGAGAUACUCGCACAGUUCAAAUCGUAGCUAUUCACCGCGGGAGAAGAGAAAUGCUUCGCCACGGAGCAGGAGUGGCUCCCCAAGGAACCGUAGCAGGUCCCCUCCACGCAAGAGGUCUCCUUUGUUGAGGAGCAGAACUUCCAGACAUGGCCUCCUGCCUCGCCCCCCUAACUACACAUCUUCAGUGGCCCCUCGAUCGGGCUACUCUGCUACUCUUCCAUACCCACAGACUGCGCCGAUGAUACCUGCUCCGUACGGGGGAGCGGGGCAAGCACCAUACCCUGGCUACCAACAGUAUGAUUACUACCAGCAGCAGCAGCAGCAGCAGCAGCAGCAGCAGCAACAACAACCACAGCCACAGCCGCCCUACUCUUCAGAAUACCACGGUCAGGCGCCAUCUCACUCCUGGCCGGAGCCUGGUACAAUGUACGACGUUAAUGCCCAGCAGCAAAUGCCAGCGCCACCAGCCGGUGAUCCGACCCAAGCCUUGCCGCCCGCCGCCGUCUCGGCGCGGCCGCACGGAGCUGUCGAGGCGACUCCCGAAGCCAUGGAGGAAGCCAAACAAGAAGCCAUCAAGAACGAAAUCCUGCAGCAGAAGCAGGCCCUGUCCAAGCAGCGGGAAGAGUACAUCAAGAAGAAGUCCGUCAUGUUCUGCGAGCUGCAGCUGCUCCGCAACCAGGAAGACGAGCUGAAGCAGGAGAAGUCUCGAGACAACGAUCGCAUCCUCAGGGAGAACAACAAGCUGCAGGUGGAAAUCCAGAAUAAAUUGAAGGCAGUUGAUAAUGUUAUUGAUAUGCUUACUGGAAUAAUUGGUGACGUACAUCGGACAAAGCUAGAAAAGGAGGAAAAACCUUCAAAGAAGCGAGCGGCCAGCCCGCCGCCUCCCGCGGAGGUGAAGCAGCGCAAGGGGGCGCCCGCGAAGCUGGAGUCGCCCCUCCUGCCGCCGGGCGUGGACAGGGCCGAAGACGCGUCGGGCAAGCCGGUGUACAACUACGUGCACUACGACCCGGAGAUGCACUGGUGCCACUUGUGCGACGUGUUCCCCCGCACCGCCAAGGAGUUCCUGAACCACCUGCACUCCCCGGAGCACCGGCAGACGGCCGCGGACCGUAAGUUAGUGGAACUGCCUUGGCACGACAGUAUGCCUGAGAAGCCGGUGCCCACUCACGAGGGGGCUCCAGUCAAGAGAACACCGAUCAGAGGCUUGCAGUUCUUUGUUUCCUCCACGGCCUGGUUCUGCAAGCUGUGCAGUGUUUGGAUCGGCGACUUGCACUGUGCCUCUCUUCAUCUCAAGUCGAAAGUUCACGCAGAAAAGUAUUCUAAUUUUACAGAGCAGAAUCCACAUUGGGAGACAGACUGGAUGGCUGACAGAGAGAAAGCAUAUGAGCGUGCUCGGAAAAUGAAAGACUCGGAGCCUGCUGAUGGUUCUAAAGGAAAAGUAAAGAGUGAGAAGCGGGAACCAACCGCAGACAAAGAGAGGAAGCAGAAGAAGAGCAAGAGUCGUAAGAGCAGUUCGAGUAGCAGCUCCAGCAGCAGCAGCUGUUCCAGCAGCGACAGUGAACAAGAUGAUGCCGAGAAGUCGAGGAGCAUCCACGUGGCCAUGCGGAACAAGCAGAAAGAAGUGGCCAAGGAGAUAGUGGGCGGUGUGAAGAUGCCCAAGAGCAGGUGGGACUCUCCCGUCAAGGAAGAGGUAGAGACUGACAGAGAAGAGCCUCCCACGCCUUCACGCUCCUCUCACGAUCAGGCGAUGGCAAAGUUGAGCGCAGAAGACAAGAUGCUGAAAGAGUGGAUGUCGAAAAAUGUGAUGCCCGAGGGCAUGAAACGCAUGGCCAUUGAUUUGAAAGAUCGCUUGAAGCAACGGCAGGAUAAAUUAUAUGAUGAAAAAAGUAAAUAUCAUCAUGGCUUCUACAUUCGAAAUAUUGAGAAACCGCAGAUCCACCGUAAAAUGAACAGGUGGGAUAGAGAACGUUUUGAUAAGCAAGUUCAUUCAGAAAGAAAUUUAAGUAAAGAGGUUAAAAAGGGGUCAAAAAUUGUAAAGUCUUCUGAGAAUAAGACACCUGAUAGAAGAGAGUCAAAGAAAGAGGAAAAAAAGGAAGGUAAAAAAGAAAUUGAGAAAAAAGACAUGAAAAAAGAGGUAAAAAAAGAAAGUUAUAAAAAAGAGGAAAAGAAAGAGUCAGAAAUGAAAAAAAUGGAAGCAAAGAACCCACUAGUUGCAAACUAUACAGAUGUGGAGAAGAAUGAAUCUGAUGAAAAGCAAGGAUCAGAGAAGAAAUUUAAAGAAUUCAAAGUUCCAUUCCCAGUUAGUGGAAAAUCCAAAUUACCUUUCAUUGGCAGGAUGCCCAUUUUGAAAAGUCUGAAGAAAAAACCUCAAGGUGAGAUGAAGGCUGCUAUAGACUCGUCAAACACAGACAGUGCUAACACAGUUAGUGUGACAGACCCCUCAUCUGUUACCGCUCCUGUCAUCAGCCACCCUCCAUCUAAUCCUCCCUCACCACCUAAACUUACGGCCCGAAUGUUUGAAAAGAAAGAAAAUGCUAAGGGUUUAGAUGGUCAGACUUUCAGUUUAGCAUUUAAUAAACUUCCAGUCGUCGUAGAAAAACAGGCUGGCGGUAGUACGCCCACGUCCUCUCCACCUUCUGCCAGAGAUGCCAUCUUACCUAAGAAGCUCGGAACCGCUCAGGGGGGCCAGUCUCCCGGGGUGCAGACGAAUGCGACAGGAAUAGGGAGUUGGCAGCUGGUGAGACAGCAGGGUAAGGUUCCCCUGCUGCAGCUUCCAGCAUACAACUCUGGCCCUCCGCAGCAGAGCGAACGAGACCCGUCAGGCCAGUGGCCGGGAUUCAGCGCCCCACCUCCGCACAUGGCUAAAAUGCCUGCCGCCAUGAACACCCUGGUUUACAACCAGCCCCAGCCACCUGUCAUGAAUGCUCCAGUUUUCAACCAGCCUCAGGCUCCCAUGUACAACCAGCCUCAACACCCGCCGGUCGGGAACGCUCCUGUUUUCAACCAGCCGGGCCAGGAGCCGGGCAUGGGGUACAUGUCGGGCCCGCCCGACCACCAGAUGAUGAGGGGUCCGGACCCCAGACAGUUCGGCCAGCGGCCGGGACCGUAUUUCGGGGCGGGACCGCCCGGACCGCCCCAGCAGCUGAUGCAGAGACCUCCUGGCCCGAUGCCUUUCGGCCAGGGAGGUCAGCACCAUGUCUUCAGACCUCCGAGCGAGCCUCCGCCAGCGGAGCUGCCACCUCGCAAGGUCACCCCGCCGUACAUCACGGCCUCCGCGAAACCCAAGGGGCUCGAGAAGUUGAGGGAAAUGGAAAAGGCAAAGAUAGCUGCGGUCGUAGAAGCGGCCAAGAAGAUUGAAGCGUCCAUCAAGGUGGAAGAGGCCAAAAAAGCAGCGGAAGCGGCCAGACAAGUGGCGGUGAAAGCGGAAGCCCGAAAAGCAGCAGACGCUAAAAAACAAAAUGAUGAAGACUUGGCAAUGCUGGGUAUAGAUGCUAGUGAUAUGGCAGCACAGAGUUUGAAUCAGACUGCAGAAACUAAAAAAAAAUAGAUAGGACUAGUGUUGAGGCCUAGAUUUUGACUUUGUUAUUGUGAUUAUAAUUAGGGUGUGUAAAUUGUGAACAUCAGCAAUUAUUGCACGUGACAUCAUUCAUAUACUGUGCAUGUGCUGUGUCAAACUUCAGAUAUAUUUAAUAAGCUUUAUUUGUUGCGGAGUCUUUGUUACUCUGAUUUACAGUGAAUCAGGUUUAUAAUAACCAAGUGAAAAAUUAAAAUUACCUUUAUUCUGUAUGUGCUAGCCUGCACAUGAAUUUUGAUUUAUAUUAUAACUUUAUUAAAGUUUUUAGCUGCAUAAUUGUAUAUACAAUUAAUUAAUUGUAUGGUUUUUAUUCCCAUUGGUUACACUGAUUUUGUAUAUGAAAUUAAUUUAGUUUAUAAAGUCAUUCAAAAGUAAUUUGUUUGUUCAGUAAAUAUUUAUAGAAGCAUUUUGAAUACAGCACAAUGUACAGUUACAUUACGCAAUUAUGUUUUGAAUGGUUAUUUGACUUUAUUGUGCAACAUUGUGUACACUUGGAGUAUUGAGUUUCCGUGUACUGCUGAUUAAAUUUUUUCUGUACACGUGAUAUCCAUAAAAUGCAAAUAUCACGCAUCCAUUACAAUUGAUGUGCUUGAUAGACUAAUGCAAAUGUGAUAAACUGGAGUUGAAACUCUGCACAGAAAGGUAACAACGGAUGUAGUAGAGGAAAAAGUUAAAAUUAAUUUUUUAUCAUAUUUAAGUUAUUGUUUCAUUAAAAAAUAGUGUUUUUCAUAAAUAUAAUUUUCACACUUAUUGUUUGAUGUCAUUGUCUGUUUAUUGUAUAUGUGUCAUUUUUGGUGGUUCCUAUACAAUAAUGUAAAUGUACUUUUUUUUUUCCUUCCUCUUAAUUAAAAUAGUUCACAUA